CACCUAUUGCUGGUCACCAAAGAACGAUGGCUUCCCAAUCAGGUUCGAGAGCUGAACAGGAGAGGCCUACUGCUAGCGAAGAGGAUUUACGAUUGGUACGCACAGUUUGUCAAAUGGUCACACGUCAAUUUUAUAGCGAUCAACAUGUGAUCACGAUUGAUAUUUUAUCAAAAUAUUCAGUCAUGCCAGCUGAUAUCUUGGCACAAUCAUUAGGCGUUCAUACGAAAGAUCUCUUGCAAGUGUGUAAUCAACUCGUUCGUGAUCGAUUGAUCGGAAUACAUAAAAGAGGAGAAACUCGUGAAACAGCAACUGCGACUUCAUCCUUCACACGAACGGCGAUCAGAAAUUACUUUUAUCUAGAUCGAAAGGUGUUUUUAGAUGUGACCAAAUGGAGGAUGAUGAAGAUGAGAUCGCAAAUCGAUUCAGUAUUAAGGAAUGAACUUGACAAUAAAGGAUACAUGUGCCCAAGGUGUGGUAAAUCGUACAAUACACUAGAUGUUGCCGCUCUUCUCGAUCCGAUUACGAUGAUGAGUUUCAUCUGCAAUACACCGGGCUGUGGAAGUGAAUUGGUGGACAAUGAAGAUGCAGAAGAUGUGAAAAGGAGCAAAGAUCGUCUGAAGAGAUUUAACGAGCAAUGUGGACCUAUCCUAGAUCGUCUACGUAAAAUUGAUUCUUUAACACUGCCUAGCUUCGAUGUAGAAACGGAGAUCAAGAAUUCAGGUACAUCAGACGAAUGGAAAUUACGAGCACGACAACGUACAGAUCCUACUGCUACCUUGAAAGAUGUUCAAGAAUCUCAAGGUGGAGCUCGUCGUGCUGCAUCGGUGGAGAUCGAUAUGGUAUCAAAUGAUCCCGCAUUGGAAGCCGCUAGAAGAGAACAAAAAGAGAGAGAAGCAGAAAGACAAUUACAAGAGAAUGCAUUGCCGUCUUGGUGGGAGACAACGCAAGAUCCAAAUGCACCCAAGAUCACAAAUAGAAGGCAAGAUUCUACUACGAAUAAUGCACAAAAUGCCAAUGGUACGGCAGAAACCUCUACAACCAAUCAAGCACACGAAGAUUAUUUGGCUCGAUAUGCAUCAAUGGCACAAGAAGGUGAUGAUGACGAUGAAGAUCUUGAGUAUGAAGAUGUGGUAGGAGAUGAUUCUGCUACACCUAGCGGACCUUCAGCCGCACAAACGCCGUCAUUUUCAGGCGUGAAUGGAAAGAGAUCAAGAGAGGAUAGCCUUGCAGCAAUGGACCCAACACCCAAAAAGGCCAAAACAGAAGAAGAAGAGGAUGAGGAAGAACUUGAAUUUGAAGAUGUUGCUUAAAGUGUUGGUGUAAUUUUAACUAUGUACAAUAAGAUGAUCAUAGAAAUGAACAAUUACUUGCU